UGAACAAAAGAUGGAAGUAUUUUUGGAUUUUAGAACUAGAAGACGUUUUUUUGCCUUUUAUUAAGCCUACACAACGAAAGGGAAAAUGUUGAAAAAAUUAAUCUUGCACAAAUAUUUGAACAUUGAAAAUAAAGAUAUUUUUUAAUUAUUCAAGAUGAAUGAGGAAACUGCUGCCCAAUUUGUCCACUCAGUGGUUAAGUCACUUCAGGCAUUGUGUCAUGGUUAUGUGGAAUUCGGACAAAGUGUUGAAAUUAUUGGUCAUCUGUAUUUGAAUGUAGACAAAAGAAAAAAGUACAAUUACAUAGUGCAAGAACAGGUGUGCAAGAGUGAAACAGAGGGGUCAAUUGUUUUCAUUAGCAACAGCUACCAUGCAGCCACCCCAGGGAAGAAGGUGGUCCCAAAACAGCAAGAAUCAUCACACACUGCUUCUGAACUUAAAUUACAUGGUAACAAAAAGAGUGUGGAUUACAUUCCAUACAAUGAACAGGGUCCAUCACAAGAAGUAUCACAUUCUGUCUCAGAUGGUGAUGACUUAAGUUCCAUUUCUGUAGCUGCCACUAGUCACGAUGUUCAGCCAAUGUAUUCUUCUACUCCACAGAGUGAUAAUGUUUAUCAUAGGAAACGGAAUCACAGUGGUGGGUUGAACAGGGAGCAGGGAGAUUUUUUGUCAGUCCGAUCUGGGUCUGUUGGUGAAACUGCAAAGCAGUUUAACAAAGGUGAAUUGUUUCCCAAUGAGCUGACAUCACAUUCUGGAUCAUCGUUUUCUCCUAAAGCUGCUCAGAGGAUCAGCAGCAACAUUGAACGAGCACUGAACUCUGGGAACUUUUCUAAGAAUGAAAAUACGAGUUUAGGUUAUUCUGGUGUAGCUGAUAAUGAGAAAACAAGACAUCUGAUAGCAUCAGUUCCAGAAGAUUUUUCAAACAAUAUUUCACAUGAUCACAAUGUGUUGCCUGCAGAUGUACAGUCAUCAGAUAUUAUUAGACCACACCAGCGGAUGUCACUUGGUGCUGUGUCCAAAACAGUGACAAACGAAUCUAGGAAGAGGUUCCUCAAAGAUCAUUGUUUCAGUGCAGUUCGUCAUCGUGCUUAUACCAGUGAUAAUGACUUCAAUGUUGACCUAUCUUGUGUGAAGAAAGAGACGGAUGUCACUGCUGCUGCUUCGUCGUGUGAAGAAAGAAUUGUGUAUCAUGAUCAAAGAAGUUGGAAUAAAACCAACAUUGGAGAUCCUCAAGAUUCAUCAUCCUAUUCUGGAGAAGACGAAUGUAAGAUGGAUUCUGGCACUGAUGACGACAAUGUGAUACCAUCUCAAGACUUGACUCCGCAAUCAACGCCAUAUCCCUUAGCUCUUCACCCUAACACUGGUGCACCUGGCUACGGAGGUCCAGUGUUCCCUCAGAACUUUGCAGACAACUCUCUUGACCAGACGUCUACCUUGUCUUCUGACAAUGACACUGUGGCCACAUCUUCCUCUUUGAAUAUCUCUGGAUGCAUUCCUACAUCAAGUGGUUUUUCUAGAGGACCAUUUAACAACCCAUCUGCUCCUAGACCGGGCAAAGUGUCUGCAGAAGUUGCCUCUAAAUACAACAUGCUUGAACUGGCCCAGUGUCGCGGAGUGUAUGUCUACCCACUACAGAUCACCCGUGCACGUAACAAACUCUCUCCUACUGCCUGCGCUAAUUACCUUCUCAACUGUUUCUACACCACCAAUGAACUGUUGGGGUCAAAUCUCACCGGUGUCAACAAUAAAAAACUGCUAGAUCCCCAGAUCAUUAACAGUAUCUUAGAGUUUACCAUUCGCACGUACCCAGGAGCUGACUCGGUCAUGUUAAAGCGAGCAAUACGAAACAAAAUCACCGCUGCUGAGAGUCGGGUGAAGAAGAAAGCAAUAAUGGCGAUUUCCCGAACCUCGUCUACUUAACAUGUCAUUCACUACAAAUUCGUCACAGCUACUUUUCCUGGUGCCAAACUGGCUGUCAUAAAGCAGUCAAUUCGAAAGAAAAUCACUUGUGCGGAGUCUCGCGCAAAGCGGAAGUUGACUCUACAUUGCUUUAAAAUGGACACAUGAUAUUCACGUAGCCUUUUUGUACCAAACUUUGUUUUGGUUUCCAGCAUGCUGUGAUCUACUUUUGUUUGAAAUGACGGGGGAAAAAGUUUGAAAUAUAUAUAUAGUCUGCAUGUUAUUUCAGUGCAGAUGUUAAUGUCGUCAGCUUCAUUUUGGCAUAUUUCUGGAAGGGUCAGUCUUAGACAUACUCAUAGCAUCAUCUGCAAGAAUUCCAUUAUAUCACUGCUAUGUUUCUUUUUGCAGACUUCACUAAGCAAAACUUCCCUAGUACUGAUGUGGUUCUUCUAAAGAAGUCUUUUAGGAAUAAGAUUUCUUGUGCGGAGAGUCGAGCUAGACGAAGGAAAGGACCAGUGUCUGUAUUCUCAGACGCUAGAUGAUUAAAACUCCAGUUGUGCACAUGUAACUGAAGAACAAAAUUGCCUUUAGAUGAUGAUGUUUUUUGUAUUGCCUGUGAGGAUCCGGAUUUGUCUUCUUAGAGAAAAUGUUGUGUCCUUUCUCUCUUCCAGAAUUCACUGUGUGUACGUUUCCAGACUCGGAUAUUUCUUCCAUCAAAAAAGCAAUCAGGAGUAAGAUCACAUCUGCAGAAUGUCGAGUAAAAAAGAAAGCUCUGGCCCAGAUCUCGAGGUCAAAGUUCAAUACCUAUGAUUGAAGGAAAUACUUCGGAAAUGUCCAAAUGUGAAUGUUGUAUACAGAUGUUGGAACAAAAACAAAGAUGAAUGUUAUCAUUUGGUGAAUGUUGAAUAAUACUGAAUGAUAUUUAGACUAAUCAAUAUUAAUAGCUUAAAACUGGAUGUUAGGAAUAUGAGUAUGAAAGGUCAAAAACUGUUUUACUGGAGUAUCCAGAUGUAUGGAGAUAAAUGAAGGAUUUUACAUGUUUUCAGUUAAAUAUGGUAGACUUCCUUUUACAGUCGAGUCAAUAAUCUCAACAAUGAUGUGCAGUUUCAUACUUCAUCAUCUGAGAUUACUGUAUAUAUGUACACAGGUAGGUGUACGAGGUAGUGGAUUUGAGGGGAGCAUCACUCAUGCUCCCUUUUCCUCUACUCCCCAGCUACCCCAAAAUAUGUUGAUAGUUAUUUACAGGAUAUGUUGAUAAUUAUUUCUCUAGAUGAGAAGAAAAUUUUGCCAAUUUAUCUAUAAACCUAAAACUGCAAAUGCCCAGCUAUUUUCCAACAAAAUACAUGUAUCAGUUGUUGAAAUAAAGUAUGUUAAUUGUUUUUAAAAUGGUUGAAUUGAUAAUUUUAAUAAUUUUUUGAUAAUGGAAAUUGGGAAAAACCUGUAGUGAAGCUUCAUCCAUCAUACUGGUUUGGGUGAAUAAUUUGUCAUUUUUCUCCUAUGAGAUAACGCUGAUAUGCCUGUAGCUGAGACGUCUUAUGUAAUUGAUAAAGUAGUCUUGAUUUUUAUGUAAAUUACGUCCUAUGGAACACUUGUAACACAUACUGAAAAAAAAAUCAAACAAAAAACUACCAUGAUACUGAAAUGGCCAAAGUAACAUUCACAGUAAUUUUAAACUGAAAUAUGUUUAAUAAAAACAAAUGCAACAUAUUUUCAAAUAUUUUAUUUUUAAGAAACAUAGCAUGUUUUGAUUAAUGUUCUUGUUUAACUGUAUAAUGAUAUCACAUCUUAGUAGGUCAAUAAUAAUAUAGCAUUUUUGUACUGUCACCACUAGUAACUAAUGUGUUUUUCAAAAUUAUACUCAACCGUUUUUUGCUUAUUAUAUAAGAUUCAUGAAUACAUGUAUUUUUGGUGAAAAAUGUUGUUUGCUCAUGGAGUUUGAAAUUAUUAUUAGUAUGGAUAAAUUUAAAUUAAAAUUUAUAACAUGGAAUUUAAUAAUGUUCAUGUCUGUUGAAUGUUAUAGGACUUGUUUUAAAGUUGUUUUGCUCAGUUCAAAUCAAGAGGUUGUCUUUUAUAUAUGAAACAUUUUAGUUUUUCUGAGAAACUGCCGUACAAACAGAGAAAAUUUAAAAGAUGCUAUAGCAAGAAAGUAAUUAUUACACCUCGUUAUUAUACCUGCCAGGUGUGAUGAUGCCAAGUUUCUGUGUAUUUUAAUUUUGUCUUCUAUAAAAGGCAACUUGUUGGUGUUUAUUGUCUAUUGUUUGGAUACAGUAAUGGGCCAUCAUAAUGCUCAUACAGUUUUUAUUUCAUAUAUUUUCGUGAAUCAUGUGUAAUUAAGCAAAAAACUGUUGAGUAUAAGUUUGAUUUUGACUUUAAUAACAGUUCACUGAUAUUGUAUUCUUUAUUUAGAGCCACUUUGCAUGGUAUUACAUAGUUUAAUAGAUAGAGGAUAAUAAAUGAGUUGUCAGAUUUUUGUUCCAAGUGAAAUAAUCAGUGAAUGAAAAUAAUUUUAUGAGGGAUAUAAAUUUGAUAAUAACUGGCCCCAAGUUGGUCAUAUCAGAUAUUUGUUUUUCCUAAAAGUCUGUUAUUUUUUAUAUACAUACCACACAUGAAAAUGUGCCUAGUUUUAAACAAUAUAAACCACUUCAUAUACUGUUCUGAGUAUUGCUAUAACUUUGUAUUUGAUUUAUCGUAACAGAUAGUUUUCAAAAACAAUACCUCUGUGUAUUGUUAAAAAAUCUGUAAUGAAUUGCAUUAAAAUAACAUUUUAUUACAAAUGUAACAUUGAAAACAGAUAGCCACAAAUGCAAACUCUCUAAAUGGUGAUGUCAUUGAGGAUUGUCUGUUAUUUCUUUUAGAUUGAUUGGGGUAUAGAAAAAAAAAUGUCAUGCAUAAUCAGCGAAGCUGUUCACACAAAAGUUUGCCAUGCUUUUUUCUUUUUAUUCAUACUAAGAUGAAUCUAAAAAAUAACAGACAAUCCUUGUAAUUACUGGGUAAAUUUGAAGCAUAUUUGUUAAUAUCAUCAAAAAAGAUGAUCUUUUUUGUAUUUUUCCUUUUGUUUUCUUUUUUUUUUGUCUUGAACAGUAACACUUGAUAGUACAAAGUACCGAUAUAAAGCAACGUAAUCAGAUGUGACAUUCCAUAGCAAAGUAAUGUUUACAUUCAUUGAGAUAACAGAAAUUUAAUGAUUUUAAAUUAAGAUGUCAUAUUUAGUAGCACAGGGCUUCUAGAUUAUGGUAGCUCCACUCCCAUGGCUAGUGAUAUUCAAUGUUGGGCUAGUAAAUAACUACUAUUGCCA